UGAACCUCCCUCUCCCCAGAUGCCUCGCGGGCGUGGGCGUGGGCGGGCGGCGACGAAGAGGAAGGCGGCGGCGGCGGAGGACGACGCGCCCCCCGCCAAGCUGGAGCGCGAGGCCAGCGAGAACACGCAGCUGCGGCGUGCGAUCUGCGAGGCCAAGGAGGGCGCCAAGGAGGGCGCCGCGAAGAAGCCCGCCAAGCGCAAGCCGGACGUCGUCCUCGUCAGGAGUCACCCCGGGGCAACGGUGCAUGAGGACUACGCCUGCAUGCUCAACCAGACCAACAUCGGCCAAAACAAUAACAAGUUCUAUGUCAUUCAGGUCGCCAAAGACAAGAAGGACUUUCUUUGCUUCACGAGAUGGGGGAGAGUGGGAGAAGAAGGCCAGUGGAAUAUAGACUCUAUGAAGAAGGUGGAAGAUGCCAUCAAGGCUUUCGAGAAGAAAUUCAAGGACAAGACCAAGAACAACUGGGCCGAUCGAGACAACUUUGAGCCGGCCCCCAAGAAGUAUACUUUGCUGGAGAUGGACGACGACAGUGACGAAGAGGAUGACGAAGUGGACUCCUCGACCCCCAAGAAGGAACUGGUGUCUUAUGAUGGCCCUUGCAACUUACACCAGAGGACGUUAAUCAUGAUCAAACUCAUUUUCUCGGACGAUAUGUUUAUCAAUCAGAUGGCGGAUAUGAGUCUAGACGUUAAGAAGAUGCCAUUGGGCAAGCUGAGCAAGCUGCAGAUCGCUAAGGGUCUGGAGGCACUCAUUGAUAUUGAAGACGCCAUUAAAAAGAAUAAGCCCCGCAGUGUGUUAAUGGAACUCACUUCAAAAUUCUUCACACUCAUUCCACACAACUUCGGUCGAUCGGCGCCUCCUGUGAUAGACACGGAUGACGUCGUGCAGAAGAAGAAGGAAGUCAUGCUCACUCUCAGCGACAUUGAGCUGACGCAGAGCCUUCAGAAGGAGAAGGAGAACAAAAAUAUUCAUCCUUUACUGGAGAAGUACGAAAUGUUGGACUGCGUGUUGGAAUAUGUCGAGAAGUCUUCCUCAGAAUUUAAGACUCUCAAAGAAUAUGCAACAGCUUGUCCCCAGACGAGAAAAGGGCCUCUGCUUGACAUUUGGCGCGUCGACCGGAAAGGAGAGAAAGAGAGGUUCGCCGCCCACGACGACAUCAAGCACCGGAAGCUUCUCUGGCAUGGGACCAACGUGGCGGUGGUGGCGGCGAUCCUCAAGGCCGGGCUGAGGAUCAUGCCCCACUCGGGCGGGCUGGUGGGCAAGGGCAUCUACUUCGCGUCGGAACAUGCCAAGAGCUCGUGGUAUGUUGGGUGUAAUUACGGGGUCUUCGAAGGGGAGAGCAACGUAGGCUUCAUGUUCCUGGUCGAGGUGGCUUUAGGGAGAGAAAGCAGCAUCACACAGUGUAACAGCAGCUUAACAAAGGCCCCCAAUGGCUACGACAGCGUGGUGGCGAGAGGAUCAUCCGAACCAGACCCGAAGAAGAACAAGAAACUAGUCUUUGAAGGGAAGGACGUCAUAGUACCCUUGGGGAAGCCUGUGCCUCAGAAGGAGUGGUCCCAGAGUGGCUUCGGGCAGAGCGAGUAUCUUGUGUACAAAGAGAGUCAGGCUCGCAUCAGAUAUAUCCUCAAGUUCUCCUUUCAGUAGUCUAGUCCGAGUCGCGUCGUUUUAUUCACAGCAGAUAGAUUUAGAAAUUAAUAGACAGUCCGGAAGAAGAGAGUGCUUCGAUUUUGCAGCUAUCGCAUAGGUGUUAUAUUGCACAUUAAUAUUAUCAUGGAGGCUUUUUCAGCUUUGUGUGAGGAAUUUGGAAAUCAGUCUCAGGAUAUUAUUUACUAUGACGGAGUUUUAUGGUUCGAACUAUAAAGAUCAAUCGACGAACAAUAAAAAAGUAAAGCAAAUACUUUUUUGCAAUAUUUUCUUUGUCUUUUGUAAAUCAACCAUUACAAAAUUUGUACACUUUGGCUUAUCACCUUGUAAAUGUGUUUUUUUAUCACAUGAUUACUCCUGUAAUAACACUUUUUUGUUAGAUAAAAGUGUAAAUUUAU